UGGCUGCACAGGUUGAAAUUAAUUCUCCGGUGAAAUCUUUGUCCAAAAAGUAGGUCCCAGUGCAAAUGCACUGUGCCACAUGGGCAAAAGUUGUUCAGAACUCAGCAACAUAGGUGCAUCAUGCUGCCCAAAUCCAAAUCAUACAUAUUGGGGUUGUUAGACGCCUCAAUCCUUGUCUGUGCACUACUGUGCCAUGUAUUUCAUCCUGGACGUUUUCCCGUAUUUUCCUACUUGAGUGACGCCCCUGAUAUUAAGUGGGUCCCGGAAAGAGAGAGUCUCAAGAAAUAGUGUCAAUGGCCGAAAGUUUUAAAAUUCCACGCAGGCCCCCGAUCCCUCGCCUGCUGUGUUUGCUGACUCUCGUCCUGCUAUCCAUCGUCUCCAUGUUCUCUUGCUUCAUGCAAAUUUUCAGCAAAUACCACAGCAGCAUUGCCGUGGCGAGUCAUCAGCAUGUGAGAAGUGAGUCACCUGGGAGGUGGGAAAAUUAUGAGUCUGACGCGGAGGGCGUAGACCUCGUUGCAGCUCAUGGGCAGGGUUUGAAUUUUCAUCAUGGCAAAGUUUGGAGCCAUGAGCAAUCUUUGCGCCAGCUGCUUCCGUCUGCAGCUCCUGGAGUUGCUUAUCAUGCACCAAUUUUUCCUGGAAGUGGCUUUCUUUUUGCCACAAUCAUAGGUGAAUUACACGAAAUACAUUCUGCUGUAUGUGAUUUUGUGCUGAUAGCCAGACUCCUGAAUGCAACAAUUGUCUUACCCAAGAUUCAAAGCAUCCCAGCUGUCAAAGGUGGCAACUCGAAGGUGAAAAGCUUCGGCUACCUUUACGAUGAACAACAUUUCAUCACUGCAGUAAAGGAUGAUGUGCGAGUAGUGAAGCUUUUACCGAAUUCGUUUCGUACAAGAGCCAGUUUGCAGAAGCUGCCUGUGAAGACGCCAACCAGAUUUUCUUCUGUUCAAUUUUAUCUGGAUGAGGUUUUACCAGCUUUGUCAGCACAUGGAGCUUGUGGACUUGUAUUUGCAAAGGGAGGUGGUUUGCAGGAGAUCCUUCCAACAGAACUCGUUGAAUAUCAACGAUUACGCUGCAGAGUGGCAUUUCAUGCUCUUCGUUUCCGUGAAGAAAUCCGUGGUUUGGGCGCUCAGUUAGUAAGAAGAUUGGAGGCACAUGGGCGUCCUUAUGUGGUGGUCCACUUCGGUUUGGAAAGGGAUGUUCUCGCAUACCACGGCUGUGCUGAGCUCUUUCAAGAUCUACAGACAGAAAGCAUACAGUAUCAGAGGAAAAAAAUGUUGAUUUCCGCGGAAAUCGAUGGUGAGCUCCGAAUCGAUUCUCACAAGCAGCGUCACCGGGGGCUUUGUCCUCUCAUGCCGUCGGAGGUGGGGCUUCUGUUAGAAGCCUUUGGUUUUCGCAAUGAUACUCAACUUUAUAUGGCAGGUACCGAAAUAACAGGCGGUCAGCGGGUUGUGCUACCUCUGAGAAGUAUGUAUCCCAGUUUGGAUGAUCGUUUCACGCUGACUACAGACCAAGAACGCUUUGCAUUAUAUGCAGUUGAUCAACAAAGAACCCCCGAUACUUCGGAACCGGGCUCUGUUUACUCCAAUGCCUGGAAGAAAUUGUUCGUUUGGGGAAAGAAUCGGCCAUCUGGGUACUCCUAUCCUUCUCAGAAAGGUUGGUGGAGGUCGGUUGGCGAGUGUGAAUAUGGUACAGAAAAGUAUUUCGCAUCGACCCCUGUGGAAGGAGAAACGAAUGACAUUCAGCUUCUACAUGCAGCUCUCGACUAUAUUGUAUCCCUAGAUGCCAAUACCUACUUCCCUGCAUUUGAUAAGGACCGACAGGGGCUUCCAAACAUGGCCAGCUUGAUCAUGGGCCACCGUCUCUAUCAGUCAGCAUCUUUGAAAACCUUUCGUCCCAACAGGUCAGUCCUUUCGGCCCUUCUGGACCAGUAUCCACACGAUCAUUCUCAAGAGUGGAAUUCUUGGACUCGUGCUAUGCGGGAAGUUCUGGUAGAUGCCCUUAGACCUGAAGCUAUUGUGCAUCUCGCACAUACUGCGAAAUCGGAAUUAUUCUUAGCUCACCCUUUUCCAGAAUGUUUUUGUCGAAUUGGUCAGCUGAUACGAGCCAACGAUUUUCGAGACCUCAGUGAAGACGGUGAAUUGUUUUGGGGACGUGUACGUAUGUGCCCCGCUAGGACGCCUAGUGAACAUUGAUCAAAAGAGCACAAUUAUCUUGGAAAGAAUUGCCAUGACAUAUUGUAAAUGAAAAUAGUACUAAAACCAAUCAAUACUUUGAGAGAAA